GUUCAUUUUAAUGCCAGUACCCCGGAUGUAUCUCAAUGUUAACCUGUAGCGUUACGAAACAGGAAGUUUACAUUACAUUUAUCACCUGUAUACUGGUAAAGUAAUUCGUUUACUUGAAUCUUAAUAGAAUCGUAAUCACAAAUAUAAAUACAACCAUGUACUCAAAAAUAUUCGUCGCUGCUGUUGUCAUACUGUGUAGCUUUGAUGUGUCCAACGCCCUCAUGUGUUACAGCUGCACUAAUCUUGACUCUGACUGUGGAAGGACAAUUAAUAAAACCAUGAGUAGUUCUAUCGAUCAAAUCUCAUGCCAAGUUGGAUGCGCAACGAUCAAAAUCAUGAGCAAUGAAACAACAACCUACAACAGAACGUGCUCUGAGGAGGUGGACUGUCCGCAACAACCCGGAAUCUGUAUGGAGCGCGAAGGUAUGAGUUGUGUUGAAUGUUGCAAUACGACUCUCUGCAAUGACGACUUUAGACCCAGACCCGGACCCAAACCCACUGACCAAACUAGGAAUACUACCAUAAGUGCUGGGAGUCGUGGUAUUGCUAAUUUGGUUAUCGUUCUACUCACACUUUGGCUCUGCACAACACUGGCUUAGGUGUUCUAAAGGCUCUGUGUCUACAGUUUCAACAUUUGAAUUUAAUUAGAGCAAAACUGGUUAUAUAAUAAAGGAGAUAAUUAGUUUAGCAGUAGUGUAACUGUACUCGUAUUCUUACUCAGAUUUUGAUGACAUUAUCUUCUUCAUUUUUCUCUAGUGUAGUGAGUUCACCAACAUUAUUCUUCAUUUAAAUUACAUAAUUCAUUCAUACCUGAUAACAAAAUUAAACCAGUCUUAAUUUUUUAAGAUGAAGUUUGAUUAAUAUUCUAAUUCACCGAGAGUUUAAAUGAUAGGCUUAUAAAUGAAAUAAUAUUAAAGAAUACUGAAGACUGGAUCCCUCUUGUUUGUUUUCUUACAUGUAUAUCUUGAUAAACAGUAAUAAAUCCUAUUUAUUUUAAAAUUAUAUAUCACUUUUUAUAAUGUUUUACAACUUUAUCAUAUAGGCCUUUGUAGUAAAUAAAUGCUAUCUUUAUGUAUAAACAAAUGUAAUGCAUAGCUUGUUUGUGUCAUAGCUAGCUUCCUUAAAUCCUUCAAUUCUAUGG